GGCUUCCUCGCAUAUAGUUAUGGCAAGAGAACGUCAGUCACUCUUCGGCGCUCGCGCGGAAGAGUUUGUGUGCGUUAACUGUUGGGGAUAUCGUUACUCCUUAUAGAGUGUUAAAUAUCUCAUAGGUGUUUCUUUAUUCAUCCCCAGCGACUUGAAUCUAAUUCAUAAUUGUUGUGAUCGAUGCGAUUGAAAACAGUGACAUAACGACGCCACGUCCGCAAGUAUUGCGGAAAAAAAGCCGGUAGGUGACGUCCGCGUGUGUUCUUCAUUAGUGUAUACGUACACGAGUUUCGAAAUAAAAAGAAAGGAAUGAGAAGACCAGUGAAAAUAGAAAAUUAAUAGUGAUUGGUUUUAAAAUUUCGUGUCAUACUGAUAAAGAUAUAAGAAGAAGAAGAAAUAGAAGAAAAUUAGAAAAGAAAGAAAAGAGUAAUAGACAAAAGAGAAUCGAAAGUUGAAAAAAUUAGAACAAACGUAAUAGUGAAGAACAAAAGAUAAAAAAAGAAAAAUCAAAUGAAUCGAAUGAAUAUCGGAUCGUGACUCAUGCCGGCUUUGACGUUUCGUUUUUCGUGAUUGUAAGAUUUUUUGUUGUCACGUUCCACGUAUGAUGGAUGCUGUCGCGCGUGUUUCGCGACGCUAUCAAGAACAGACAGAUCGUCGAUCUGCACAAGCAACGGCUUUGCAGUGAGUUGUUUCUUUGUCAAAGAUCGUGUAGUGUGUCGCGUGCUGCUUUCUUUUCAGCGAUUGUACCAUUCCGCAAUUGUAAAACGCCGGUUAUACGAUUAAAUUCUUUUAAUAUGAGCCAGUAGGGUGCGUUGUAUAUGUGUGAGCGCAGAAAAAGGAAGCAGUUAGCCAGUCUCUUUCAUCGACUAGUGGUUGCUUGUAAAUCUUUUCUCACUCCAUAUCGGUCUAUCGGUUAUCCUACUACAGUGACGUCGUUGUAACCGUCGUCAGUGUUUCUUCGAUGAUAAGCACGUGUGCGUGUCACAAUUUGCUACGUGUACGUGCGUGCGUUAGAGUUACGAGCUGCGCAUCGGUGUAAUUAGUGAUCGGGCUACGUUAUCAUUUAAGUUCUCGUAUACGAAUAUAACAGCAUAGAGUUUUGUUAUUUGUUUAUUUGCUUGUUGGUUUAAUUUGGUUUGAAAAAAUCAGUUCUUUAUUUUGUGCUGAAACUAGUUACGAACGGAUCGCCGGCGUAACCAUGGAUAUCCUGCCGAGUGGAAACAUAUUUAGGGAAUUGCAAGAUAUACAUGAUACCGGAUAUUUUUCGGCCCAGCCAUCGCUUGAGGAUCAUUGGCAACAGACAUGCUACGAGAUGGAGAGGUACCUGAAGGACGAACCGAAACUGCAGUCGUACAAAAAGUUGCCCACAGAGUUAGAUACAGCACCCUGGAAUCUCUUCAGGCCUCCUAUUUCGUGGACAGCGACCACUGGCACCGCCAACGCACAAUUCGAAUCACCAAUUAAAAUGGAGGUGACGACGUCGUCAGAAGACAGAGAAACGCUCUGCUUGGACGAUAUUAAGUUCAGUCCUGGUGAUCACAACCACAAUGGCCGUGAUAGGGAUCUUCUGGACCGGCACCUCGAUUCCUUGUCGAUGUCGUCAUCGAGUUCGGCGUGUUCUUGGGAUAGUUCGCCUUCCGUUUCGUGCACGGCGUUCAUUCUCAAAAAAGAGCCCAGCGAGGACCUCGAAGAGGACGAGGAGCACGAGGAAAUCGAGGAGGAAGAGGACAGCGGAUGCGAAAGCGAAGGUCAAAUCCUGACACCACCAUCGAGUCCGGGCUCGGGUCAAGGUCAUUCCAACUCCAGUCACUCGUCGAGCGGGAGUUCUAUGCUCGACGUACAGAACCUCAACCUUCACGGGACGGGUGGCAGGAGCGCUAUCGUCAGGGUUACCACUAGCAACGCACAGGGUGUCGCAAGACUGAUCUCCGUCACAGCGAAUGGCUAUCCCGCAGUUACAGGCACGCAACAUGCACAUGCAGGCACAACUGCGGCUGCGAGCACCGUGGCUAAUAGGCACCAUGCGAGGAGCCAUGAGCACAGUCCGCCUGAUACGAAGCGCAGGAUACACAAAUGCCAAUUUCCGGGUUGCAAGAAGGUAUAUACCAAGAGCUCACAUCUGAAAGCUCAUCAGAGGACGCACACAGGAGAAAAGCCGUACAAGUGUAGUUGGGAGGGUUGCGAGUGGCGAUUCGCGCGUUCCGAUGAGUUAACACGCCACUACCGCAAGCACACUGGCGCGAAGCCGUUCAAGUGUCGGCACUGCGACCGAUGCUUCUCUCGCAGCGAUCACCUAGCCCUCCAUAUGAAGAGACACGUGUAAUCGAUCGUCACCGCGGACGGUCCUCAACAAACGGAACAGUCCAGGACCGGCAGGCGAACCUCCUUCCUUCUCGAAUUCGAAGAUUCUCGAGGUCGUCAUGCAAACACACGACACCCUCGUGAUCGCGUUUCUUCCAUACACACCUGACGAUCCACAUCGAAUUCGAUCAUCGACAACGUAGCCACCACCAUGUUGGCCCCAUCAUGUCGGAGUAAUAUGAUCGCAAGAUAUAGAGAUAUAUACAUUUAUAUCUGUAUAUCCCUUAUGGAUUUAAUAUUAAUAAGAGGGGAAUCGAUGAUGGGCGAGAUGAUCGAUGAGGAAUGGCCAUUUCUGUUAAUGGUUGUUCUCUGGAAAUAGGAAAGUCGAUCGAUAAAUAAACAAAACGAAUCGAUACCAUCCGUCGUUGUAAAGGACGAAUGUGAGACAGUUCGUAGAUUGAUGGUUGCAAUUGGAAAUUGCAAUUGAAAUAAAGAAAACGUAUCUUCCUUCUUUUUCUCUUCGAGGCAAUUCCUGAAAAAGUUAACGAGACUGAAAGAAUAUCAGAUGACACUUUCUAUAACGAUAUAUGCUGGCAAUGGAAAUAAUAAAUAAUGAUUAAAUGCGGAUCAGACUGGUACGAUUGAUGUAAUUAGGAAUCUCUUGGACAACCAAGACAACAAAUCUUGGCCAAGAUGUUAAUCACUGCCAAUUCAUUAAAUUCUAAGAUCAGUGCAUAUAAUAUCGGAGAUAACCGAUGAAUGCUGCCUCGAAGCUGGAAAAGAAGUCGAAUGAGAAAAAUCGUCCAACAAUGACGGUGUAUACGACGCUCACGUGAAUUCUUACAAGUCGUCUGCCUCCUGUAAAACGGUCGAAUUUUCGGAAACUGGUUCGAAAAGAAAAGAAGAAAGCAAGAAGAAAAAAUAAAGAAUUAACGAAAACAAAAAAAAAAAGAAAAAGAUAAAAGAAAUCGAAGGAAACAAAGAAAAAAAUAUGAACUUAUACUUAUUGAUUCGAGAAACACCGAUUUGGCGAUGUUUCAAAGGCGUCAAUUCGAAAGUCGAGAAAACCCGGUUCGAGAGGACAAUAAUAUUCUGUCUGUCGGUGCCAAAACGUUAUUUCCUUUUCUUUUUUAUUUUUCUUUCUUUCUAUUCUUUCUUACGAACAUUUAUCACAUACACUAAUCUUCUCCUUCCCUGAAAAUGGGAGCCACAAGAGAAAAAGCUGAUUCUAAUGGGUAAGAAACGUACGCGACGCUUUUGAGCCUUGAAUCCUACGAGCAAUAAUCGAAAAUGUAUUCGCGAGCCGGUAGAACGGUGUCACACAGGAUGCACGUGUGUGUGCCUAUUGUAAAAGGCGGCGGAUACGAGGGCACACGACGAGGACGAACCGAUGUAAUUGAAUACGUGAUUUCGGCCAGUUUCGACGGAGGCAAACUUUACCCGUGCCGCGGCGCUAAUCCCGAAUUUACAGUGCGAAUUAUAUCGCAAGGCCGACUCACACGAUUCGCCGCUCUUUUGCCCUUUUCCAUCGUAACAUCGUUUCCCAUCAUUUUCCGCGAAUAAACAAGAAGGGAUUCCUUUUCAAUACCGAGAAUUCGACCGUUUUACCGAUCGAUAAAUAAUUCACGAAUGAUUUUUAAGGAAGAAAGAGAAAAUCGCUUAUAUUAUACACAAAAAGAAAGAAAGAAAAAAAAAAGAACCUUUGGUAAAGACAAGGCGUCGAGAAUUAUCUUUUUUCCUUAAAAAAUAAUUCGACCGAACACGGGGCUUCUUUCGUAGUAACGCGCGUAAUAUGGUUUUUAAUGAAAAUAAGGGGAAUAAGAAUAAUAAAAAAUAAAUAAAUAAGAUAUAUACGGAAUCUGACUUUGUACUUUUGUACGAUUGCUUUCUAGGUAACGUUCUCAUCUUUGUUUCACGCGUGACUGCGCGCCGCAGGAGCGGGGGUGGCGAGAUGUCCCGACGUGGCGGGCAAGAUUCUACGUCGGAGGCUCAACAGAAAUAAAUAAUAUAUAUAUUUUUUAAUAUUCUCGUCUUACUUACCAAAACAAUAUAUUAUUAUACAUAAGGGAUUAUACAAAGUAUAAAACGGGCAACAUUCCGCACAAAGCUCUAGAACCGUUUCCACGCGUCGACCCGUCGGGCACGCCACUCCCUCUUAUACGCGCGCAAAACCAUGGACGGCAGACGACCACGAAUCGUUCACGACUAUUAUUAUUAUACAUGAGUGUGUGAGUGUGUGUGCCUCUUGGGAACGCAACGAACUUCCGGUCGACGUGCAUCGUUGUCUCGCUAAUCAUCGAUUAUCCAACCGAGGACAAGCCUGAAUCGAAAUCACGUAGGGAAAUAACAAUAAUGGGAUAAAUAAAAUGAAGGAAAGAAGAAAUAAGAGAAAUAAAGAGACAAAAAAGAGAAGAGAAAAUUAGAGGAAUAUGUUAAAUGAAAAUGAAGUGUCAACGAGGAAAGAGAGAAAGAGAGAGAUAGUGGUUAUCUGGAUAAUAUAUGUUGUAUCCAUGGACUGAAACGAAUUGAAGGAUCGUAGAUCGCUCAUCGAACGAAUGAACAAAAUAAUAGAGUAGUAAAAACAGAGAAAAUAAAAAAAAGAUAAAUAGAAUAAUAACGUAAUAUUAAUUACGAUUAAAUUACAAAAGGAUAAGAGAAGCAGAACAAAUGGAAGAAUGGAGUUUUACUGUUUAAGAAGACUAAUCUUUACCUGAGAGCGCGGGCCUGCAAGAACAGCCGAGUUGCGGGCGAAACACGAAGAUUUAAAGAAUAAAGAUGGGAAAAAAGGAAGAAAGAAAAAGAAAAAAAAAAGAAACUAAAUUUUAAAUGUUCAGUGGCCAAAUAAAUUAACUGAUAACGCACGUAGAACAUAAAGAUAAACCGUACCUACCAAGUAAGCCUGACUGACAUGAAAGCGUCGACGCGGUUUGCGCGCGUGUAGCUGCGUGUGAAUGUGUGCGUGUUAAUUCAAUGUCUGUGGCACCUGUGUAAUUUCUUCUUUUUCUCUAUAUAACAUUUCUUUUUAUCUCUUUUAUUUGCGUAAAUUUUGCAUAAGUGCAGAUUGAAAUGUAUGAAUGAUCGUAUUCUUUUUCCCCGCGAGAUAAAAAUGCGUUCCAAAAAUAGAAAAAUUGAUUUUUAAGGAUUAUAAUAAAAAGAAUUAAGAUGGGUUAAGAUUUUUGAAAAGAAUAUACAUACAUAAAUAGGUGGAAAGGAAGAGAAAGAGAAAGAGAGAGAGAUAGAAAAAGGAAGAGAAAAAGAUAACAAAUCUAGCACCGGGGAGAAAGCAAAAGAAAAAGAGAAAAAGUAUGCGUGUGAGGGAGAGAAGUAAAUAAUUUGAGAGGGAGAGAGAGAGAGCAAGAGAGAAAGAGAGAGAAAGAAAGCGAGAGAGAGAGAGAGAGAGAGAGAGAGAGAGAGAGAGAAAGAGAGAGAGAACGAGAGCAGAACAUUAAGUUUGUAUAUUGUGCAAUUUUUGUCAGUGUUUCAUUAUUUGUUACCAUGUUCACGGAUAAUUAUAAAUAAAGUAAAUAUAUAUAUGCAGCAUUUACAAGGACUUAGGAUAACGAAGAUAAACGAGAAGCCAGAUGUCUUUUUGAUAGCCAUAUACUGCGAGGUAUCGUGCGGCGCCCCAAAAAACAAAGGACGCCCCCGACCGCUCUUUUUUCUCGACAAACUUUUUUCUUUUCUUUGUAAACGGUAGGCGAAAAUGAUAAGAACGAGGAUACGAGAAAAAAAAACGGUGCUCGUUACACAGUUUCACGAUACUCUUCUCUCGUUAAAACGACAAGAAAUUGUCGUUGCGCGAAUCCCCGGCGACCAAAAACGAGCCCGCGUUUCGCUCGAUUGUCCCGUUCCUCGAGAAAUCGGCAAAUCUUGGAGCUAUAUAUUUAUGCGAUCUUUUUCUCUCUUCGUGACUGCUUUCGUAUAUUUUCGUGCGAUCCGAGUGAACCGAUCAUCGAGGAGCCGGUCGACAACGAAAUUGAUCAUGAAGAGUAGAGGGGAAAAUGAGAAAUGUGGAGAAAGGAUAGGAACAAUCGAGUUGCAAAUGAUCGAUCCUCGCAAUCGCGAUAAGCGUUUCGCGCGUUUCCAUCCCGGCGACCAACGAAACACUGUAGAUAUAAUACACGUACAUUAAAUACUAGAUACGUAAAAGCGAACGAUCAUGCGCGAGAAGAAAGAAAGGGGAUGCAAAGUAUCCGCGUUGUUUUAUUAAAUUUGAGUGAAAAAAGGAGUUGAAAGAAGUCGAAAGAUAUGGAAAUAUCUGUUGACUUAGAGACGAACAAUGCAUGAGUGUAAUUAAAAGAAUGAGAAAAAAGAAAAUAUGAACGAGAUAAAGAUACGAGGCAAGAAAAGUGGAUAUUGUAAGGGGGAGGGGGGGAGAAAAAAACUAAUAAAUGGUAGUUAGAAGUUUAGAUAGAUAGAUGGAUAGCUAGACUGUUAGAUAGACAUCUUAGAUAGGCAGAUAAAUAGAUCGACGAAGAGAGGAAAGGUGAAGAUGAGAAAGAAAGAAUGAAGGAUCGUGGGUGACUGGGGAUGGGGGAUUUAAAAGAGUUAUUAUAUAUAAAUAAAAAAAAGUUUAUAAAUAUAGAUAGGUGGAUAUACAUAGAUAGAAAUGUAAGUACCUAAGAGAAACUCUAAGGAUCUUCUAGAAGAUGCUGUAACGUUGUACGAGGUAUGAUAAGUGGAUAUAAGUGUUUUAUGAUACUCGCGUACAAUAAGAUCAAGAUGAACAGUGGGGGAGUAUAGUGGUAGAGCAUAAGGAGAUCAUGAAACAGAAGGAUACUACGAGCAUGAACGUAAAGCGUAUAUGAGUAUUAUCAAGCAGUUCACGAGGAAUAGAGAGAAGAAUGAGGGAAGAAACACAGACAAACGCGGCACGAUUUGUAAUUGUAUUAAUUGUGUCUAAGAUAUUUUCGGUCAUGUAUAAUAACUCUGUGUAUUGCAGGACUAUUAAGUGAAAAAAAGAUGAUUGUGAGUGACAAGAAGCUAGUGUGAAUGAAUGAAUGUUGAAGGAAAAAUUGAAUGAAAAAAGAGAUUGAUGAGAAAUAAACGGAAAGAAUCAAAGAAUCAAAGAAUGUAAAAUGCGAAAAUGAAACAACCUGAAUAAAAAUGAAUGAAGUCUGUUUUGAAUAAAAAACGGAUGAAAAAGAGAAGUUUGAAGAUAGUUCGUUUGUUUUUUCGAUCAACGAAAAAAGUAUCUUAAAAGAGGAGAAGCAUUAAAAAAUGGGGCAUAUGAAAAAAGGUGCACUAAAAAAUGAACUGAUUAAAAAAUUAACAUUAUUUUUAGGAAAUUACAUCUUUAGAAGAGAUUUAAAUAAAUAGCGAAGAGGUAAGAUGGUUAGGUUUAAGUGCUAAGGAUACUUUGGUUUCGCGCGGUGAAACUCUUCUGUGUUAGUAUACGAGUGAGAGAGAGAGAGAGAAAGAGAGAGAGAGAGAGAGAGAGAGAGAGAGAGAGAGAAGGAAAGAAAAAAAGGGGAUAAACUCGAGAGGUAAAAAUUAAUCGAGAAAAAGGAGGAGAGAAAGUAUCAAAGGAAAAAAUAUAAAAUGAAAAUAUAAUGGAGGAAAAGAAGAAGUAAUAGCAAGAGUAGAAAACACUCACAAGAAGGUAAGAAGAAGAAAUAUCUAUAUUUUUAAAAAAGUGACCUUUGGCAUUUAAAGACUUGUAAAAAUCGUGCAACGAGUUAAGUAAAACAAAUAACAAUAUCAAAGAAAACAAAUAAAAAAAAUAUCAUCAGAAGAUACAAUAUAUUUAAGGGACAUUUGUCCUUCUUCGUGUCUCUAAUUUCAUUUUACACAAAUAUGCACACAUAAAAAUACAUAUAUAUACACGUAAAUACAUCUUAUGAAUAUCAAACACACUUAUAAUAGUAUAUCUCGAGAAACAACCAAAGUUCGAACAGGCAAUUGGAUAAGCAUUUAUUAUUCUUCAUAUAUUGUCAGGAAAGGAAUAUAACACGACAUGAUUCUUUCGAAAAACUAUUGAUAGCACAUAGGUGCACAUAAAUAAAAAAAAAAUGAAAAAAGAUAAAUUACAUAUGCAAAUACCAAAAAACACAAACAUACUUUCAAGAAAAUAUCUUAAAGAGGGAAGAAUAGUGUUGUUUAUAAUGCAUCUGUUAAAUAUACGUAACUAUAUAAAUACACAUUGGCAUCUUUAUCUCGAAUAUGAUAGAGAAAGAGAUAGAAAAAGGCGAGAUGAGAAAAACGGGAAAAGGAAUAACAGUAACACGAAGAAGAAACUAUCUCAAUGGAAAAGAAAGAAAUUCGGUUACAACGCAUAGGAUGUAGCGGAAAUAGGUGAAUAAGAAUGAAUUGAAUAAAGAAAGGUAAAUAAUGCAUUCCGUUAGAAAUUCAUUUUUCACGAGGCAUGCGAGAACCAACAUUCAAAUCGUAGCAAUAUCAUUUUGCUAUGAGGCCUAAUCUAACACAAACUGAAACGAUUUCGGUCACGACUCGAUUUUCUGGUACUCGUCGUGAGAACAAAUCGCUUCUCGUCAAUUACAACGAGAUUCUUUUGGAACAAUUCGAUGGAUUUAAUUCUGGUAAGUUUAAUGGGAAUAAAUGGGGAUAAAGAAUACAAAGAAACAGAUUGUUCUUCGAAGGAGUAAAGAAAUCGUGUCCUGAGCCAGAAAGAUCGAGAUCAAAAAUAAAAAAAUGAUUCAACAAUCACCGCAUACUCAUUAUUGUCAUCCAACACUAUUCAUAAUAGGAUAUAAUAGUAUUUCUAGAGAUUUUAUACAGGUAAGCGACUGCGCUCUAUGUUUUCAGCCGCGAUUUACUAUCGAUCAUUGACGUUUCUUCUCGUACAUAAAAAAAACGAACAUGAUGUUUUAAGUGUAUUAAUUAUUACAUUAUAUGCAAUGAAGAGUGAACGGUGGGCGCGUGUGUGUGACCACAUGUUUUACGCAUGAAAUUAUCCACAGAGCGAUGUGAUUGCGAGAGAGAGAGAAAGAGAGAGAGAAAGAGAAAGAGAGAGAGAGAAUUGAAACUGGAUAAAAAGAAGAUUGAACGAUGAGUAAGUGUAAUUUUUUUCUGAAAUUCUGUACCUCGUUGUGUAUACAUCUCUAAUUGUAUAAUUGUGAAUAUUAACAUAUUAUGAUAAUGUGAUUUAUUACGUGUGAUCCUGCGCGCAAAAAGACGUGGAGAACCUUUAAGCGAGUAUUUUGUAUUACGAUAAAGCGAAAUUAAAGAUAUAAAAAUGAAAAAAAAAAUGCGAGACUGAUUUGUAUGCUACAGAUGCAAAGAAAACAAGAAUUGAAAGAAAGAGAGAAAGAGAGCAAAAUAAUCGACAGAGAGAUAAAGCGAGGCAGAGAGAGAGAGAGAGAAAGAGAGAGAGAGAGAGAGGGAGAGGGAGAAAGAGAGAGAGAAAUUAAGCGAAUGAAGAGUCUUGUAAUCACAGCUUUUUUGCCGCUGGGAAAUAUAAUUAUAAUGAACAAAGAAUAUAUGUGUGUGUGUGUGUGUAUGUGCGUGCAUGCAUGCAUGUGUAUGUGUGUGUAUUUGCGCAGCCGUCGCUCCUUUCUCUCAGCGUUAUUUCUUCCUCUUCGUAUUCUUCUUCUAUUUCUUCUUCUAUUAAUGCUGUGUUGUCUGCUACUUCUUCGUUUCCUCCUCGAGGUGACAUGUAAUCCCGGAAUUACAAAAUUAUUCUACAAAUCCUAAAAAGGGAAAUAAAUAAAUAAACAUUAUAAUUCUAUAACAAAUAUAUCUCGAACAUGUUACGAAACGAAUACCCAACGAAUAUUUCGAUUUCUCCUCAUUGAGUAUGAAAAUUUUUCGAAUCGCUUUCGCAUGAAAAAAAAAAAUAAAAUAAAGAACGAAGCAUUCGCGCGAGUUUUGGCUCUAUAUCAACUCUAUCCGGGUGGUUAUCGAUCACCUCGUUGAGAAAACAUUCCUCGAUACCACUCUUCUUGAGGCUAUCCAGUGAAGGUUGAUGCAGGGAUUGCGCCAAGCCACCCCCGACCCCUGUCGAAACGUCCACCCUUGUAUUCUCCAUGCUGCCGCCAUAUAAAUAACGCACACGAGCGCACCCCAGCGUGCCAUGAGAAUCGAGCGGAAAGAGCGUAUAGAAGCCCGAGAGAACGUGUACGGUGCGCGUGUUUCGAGAGCACGAUUAAGCUUGAUACACGUUUUUUAAAUUUAAGCGGGAUCGGGACGAAUAGGAAGAUCGACAGGAAAAAAGGAGUUUCAUCGUUCGAAUAGUCUCAAUGAUCGUUCGUGAAUUAAACGCCGAACGAAUUGUAUACGAUUAUUAGGAAUCUGUCCUUCGGUGACUCAUUAAUCAAAGAAAAUAAUAAUAAUAAAGUAAAAGAAAGGCAGAAAGACGGAAAAAGCCAAAAAAAUAAAAAAAAACAUUUAGAUGAACAAAACGAACUAAUAGUAGAAAACAGAAAAAAAAGAAUUAAACGAAGAAACAGAAACAUCCUUCCAAAGUAUCGGGGACUAAUUUACACGCCGCGACUUCCAACAGUCGAGAUCUUCUAGUUUAUUUGAAAAAAAAAAAAAGAAAAAAAAUUCUCGAAGACUCGACUCGUUUUGUACAACGGAAUUAGCGAGUACUCGUGUAACGAGUCUAGUAGGUGAUCACAUGUGAUAUUUGUAUCGGCUAUUAUUAUAUUAAUAUUAUAUAUAUAAAAAUAUAAAUGUAAUAAUUUUUAGAGUACUCCGUUAGGAUUACCGCUGAUAGGCGGAAAGAAAGAUCGUGUCGAAUAAAAGAACGAAGAGAAAAGGAAGAGAUGAGAGAGAAAGUGUGAGGAUGAAAAAUGAACAAAACGAUCUCCUUUCGAGAAUCAACGCCUAAUUAAUCUUUAAGCAGGCCUAUUUGCCGAUUCUAAAGGAAUACGUGAGAUUUAUCGAGGAUAAUAGAACAGACUAAACUGCGCGGUCGUUCAUGAGAGUAACGAAUAGAUAUAUCUUUCGACACGAGAUUUUGUAUUUUCCAUUACAUCCAACAAUGACUUGAAAAUUUUCGUCGUAAAAUCGAAUUGAAUCUGUGCACCGUGCAAUCGUUCGAAGGCACGGAGAAAUACCAAUGAGUUACGUCCUAUAUACGACUGACACAUAUUCGUACUUCGAAUUAUCCCUUAAGCAUAUUACUUCAUCGUCGAUCCCUAUCCACCAAUAUGACCUAAUGGUAUUUAUAGACGUUUGGUUUCAUAUCUUCGAAAGACUGUUGAACUUGAAUUUUGAAUUCAAACUGUUUCUCGCUAAACGAUCUUCGGAUUUAUCGUUAAAAUUAUCUUGAAAUAAAAUUGAAAAUUGUUACCUUUGUUGGUGAGUGUCGUUGUCUCAUAGACAAUUAUUAAUUAUACGCUGAAAGCGUGUCAUUCCUAAUACUAAGGUAACAUUUUUCGCAUAGUCGAUGAUUCUGAAUAUUCUCGAAGAUUUGAAUCGAAUGUUUAUAGAUACUAUAAUCCUUGUCAGCGAAAUUUACUAAAUUCUAUAAAUUAUUGGAUACGAAAACAACCUAAAGAGAUUUGGUUGAAAUGAACGUAAUAGCUUGUUCUUCGCGUGUCUAAUUCUUUCUUUUCUUCUUCUCCUCCUUCUUGCUAUUUGGUCUAUUUGGUUCUCCCGUUCGUUUCCAAUUUGAGGAUAGAAAAGAAAAGACAGAAUCAGUAUUUGAAUCAUGAUUAUCGAUUAACGAUCCGUCGUUUAAGGAAAUGAAUGGAGAGCCAGAAAGAUUUUUGAACGAGAGAAAGAUCGCGACUGCAUGCACGUGAGUGAAGAAAAAAGAUGUACAAAGAAGCUAAAGAACGAAUGCAUACGUAAGCAGAGGUAUAACGUCGAGAUAUAAAUGACGUGCCGUGAAUCAAACCAGACUAUCGGGUGGAUAUAUUACAAAGUGCGUAUAGUCAUAUGAGAAAAAUUAAAAGAGAAAACGAGAAAGAGUAAGAAUGUAAGUGCGAAUUAAACAUUCUUUACGAAUCUAUUUAAUGCAGAAUUUUUAAAUUAUUUUAUCUAAUCGCAGAGAGCCUUAAUUGCUAAUCCUUAUAUCAUUAAUAAUCGCUGCUAUAUUAUUAAUAUCGUAAGAGCUAUACUACCGCAUUGUUCUUGAAUCUUUUUUAACGUUACCUUUGAUUUUAUUCAUUCAUCAUGUACAAAUUCGAAGCCAAGAGCUAGAUGCUAGAUAAGCAAAGUUCCACGUACCGCGAACUUCGAGAAGAGACUCGAAAACGGAAUAAAUCGUUUUUGUAAAACGAAGAGUUACGCAAUCUAUGAUUAAAUAAUCGAUUGGUCGCGAAACGAUGAAAGUUCACGAAUGCAAAGGAUGCCUCGACGAAAAUAUCGACGAGAAAAGACGUUCUUCCUGUGAAAUCGUUUUAAUUCGAUGUGUGUGCACGAAAUUGCUGGACGAUCGAUGAGAAACGCGAUUUAAACGAUUAUGUAGAUCAUCGUCAAUCGAGCACAGGAGUUAAGAAAAUAUUUACGGAAGCGUGACGUGGAUGAUGGGAACGAGACUUUAUUCUUAUUAUUUUUCAUAGGCAUUCUUGAAUUUGGUCUCGUCUUGCGAAACUCGUCGAACGUAUUUUCGUCAAUUAUAUUUUCAUUGAUCGUAAUAUCAUCGAUUUUUUAUAAAAAUACCUUCGCCAAUUGUAUUGUACUUUUGUCGAUUGUAAUUUCAUCGAUCAUAUUUUCCUUGUUAUAUUUUUGACGAUCGUACUUUCAUCGAUCGCACUCGAUCGAGAAGCGUCCAGAGCAUCGCGAUUCCCAUCGAUAUAAUAAUUGUUGUCUGCCUAGAAAUGAAUUUUUUGCGUUUGGCGCAUUCUUCUUUAUUCGGCUAACGGGGCGACCAGGCCGGCCGCGCUUUGUAAAUAAUUCAAUUAAUAAACAAAUUUCUCAUCGUGCUUAA